AAACGGAUGUGAGAGAGUUUUUAGUCCUCAUGCAAAACAACCAACUAAACAUAACAGAUUACAUCAGCUCAGGCUUUUCAAUUCCUGGAUGGCAGCAGAGUGCUAAUCCAACCUUCAUCCUGGAUUUCAUAAACUGAAACAAGGGAGGCUGGCAGGAGCAGCGCUGCCGGAUUGAGGAAGCUGACGACGGUGCAACAUGUGGGCAACACACUUUAUAAAGCUCAUAAACUUGUAGGCUGAUGUGUGCAGCUACCACUUUGGAUUCUGUACCGCCGCUUCCCUCGGCAAGAGGCACCAGCAGGCUGAGCACUGAGACCUGCUCUCUGGGAUGGAGCAUUUACCCCUGCAAGACAUGAAGGGCUUUCUGUUCCUCACACUCCUCCUGAUGCCUGUGCCUGCUGGAGCUGCUUGGAGUGCGAAAUACGCAGUAGAUUGCCCUGAUCCCUGUGACAGUAACGCAUGCAAGAGCACCGCGCGCUGCAAGCGAACGGUGCUGGAUGACUGUGGCUGCUGCAGAGUGUGUGCAGCUGCUCUGGGCGAGACUUGCUACCGUACUGUCUCGGGUAUGGAUGGUGUCAAGUGUGGUCCUGGGCUGAAGUGCCAGUUUUACACUGAGGAGGAUGACUUUGGUGAUGAAUUUGGUAUCUGCAAAGAGUGUCCCUACGGUAGCUAUGGAAUGGAAUGCAGGAAAACCUGCAACUGUCCCUCUGGCAUUUGUGACAGAGUAACAGGGAAGUGUCUGAAGUUCCCAUUUUUUCAACUUUCUGCUUCAAAGCCUCCAAAUCGACGAAAAAUAUCUUCACACACAGACAAUGACAUGGCAUCAGGGGAUGGAAAUUCUGUAAAAGAGGAAUUCGUUAAAGAGAAAGUUAUUCGCUCUCCAGUAAUGAAAUGGCUAAACCCUCGCUGAUAUUUACUUACACUUGUAAGACUUUCAAGUGAAUGCAUUUCUCACAGAUUAUUGGAUAUGCAACAACACACUUUAAGAACAAAGUAGAUCUAUAAUGUAUGAAUAUGUAAUCUCUGAAGCUUAAAUGUGACCCGUUUUUAAUGAGAAAAAUGUUUACUUAAAAAUAGACUGUACAGUGUAUAUUACUUUUGAUAUUUGUUUUGAAAAGUAUUUGAACAGAGAAAUGUAUCGUGGCUUUUUGAAUGUAUAGUAAUACUGAAAACCCAACAUGAUCAUUUAAAUAGUGCCAGAGGCUGACUCUUGCCAGCCUGAUGCUGGAAAAUCUCUCACUGAAUGAAGGGGACAGUUUGGGUGAGUGAUACUAUUGAUGUGGAACCAUUGUGAAAGAAACACAUAUAAACAACACCUCAGAUGGAAGGAACACCCCUGUUCAAUAAUAAUAAAAACAACAAAAGCACAACAGUGUAAAUUAAAUAAACCAACAUUAGUUGUUAAGAAUUUUCUAGUUUUUGGAAGUUUGGUGACAAUUCCUCAGAGACAAAUAUGCCUUUUUUUCAGAGAGAAAACAUCCAGCACUUCUGUCUAUACAUUGUGAAUAACUUAGGCAAGACACUGCAGACAUAUAUUGUAUUUAGUUGAAUUUCUAAAGUUAAAUUUUGUACAGAGAAACAGCAGAUUGGUAAAUUCUACCGAUUUGUAGAAGGGGAUCUGAAACAAAAGAAGCUGCUUAUCAUUAUUUAAAUAUAUAUAUUUCUAUAAACCAGCUAGUUGGUGUCAUUAAGGUGAUAUCUGCAUUUUUUCUGGAAGAGUGGUGAGAGGCCAGCAAAGGGACCUUCAUGCUUUCCAUCUUUACUGGCUAUGGCCCAGAUGUGACUCACAGGGAGUUUAUUUGAACCAGGGAAGCCUUGAACUCUCAGCAAGUGAUAGUGCAGCCACAGACUACAGUAUUCUGGUACCCAGUCCUUUGUUUCUCAAUUGCAUGAGCAAGUGGUCCCAUUUCAGCCAGGAGAAAAACUUGUAUGUGUUAGAGUGCUGCAGGAAGAGGCAGCCCUUCAUUCAGUCUAAGCUGGGUGAUAAUUGUUUAAGCUAAAAAUCACCAUUGAGAAGGGCUUGCUAAUAUGCCUGAAGACAACCAGAUCCACAGACAAUGAAAAUUGAUGUUGCUGUGUCAGAGUGAACUUGGAUGCCAUGAGUUUAGGAAUAGCCUUCUAACACAGAGCACUCUCAUUGGAAGUGUGGCUUGAUUUUAACAUUUCCUUUGAAAUCAACCUGAGCUUUGACUGCAGCACAGCAGCCAGAGUUUAGUUCAGCAUCUGAAAUAAUGCUUUUAAAACUAUGAACAACAGAAACUCUAAUGCCUUUAAAGAGAUCCAAAGUCAACAUCUGUGAAAGCAGGAUGCUUUCACCUGGGAAAGCAGGCAUGAAUCAUGCUGAUCUGGAACAAGAGGAUGAUGACAGCAGUCGACAUCCAAAUGCCAUGAUGAAAGUCCAGGUUCUCUUGCCAUGAUAAUUGGAGACAUAUAAACAUAAAUCUCAAACUAGCAUAAUACCACAUCUUAGCCAGUAUUGAAUGUUAGGAUCUGAGAGGGAAUAAUGUUUUCCUGGGCUACUUACUAGCAAGUGAAUUGAUUCUAAUCUACUGAUAUCAAAAGUAAUUUUUUUCUUGAUUUCAGUGAGGGCAGGAUCAAACCUGUGGUCUUCCAGCACACUGAUGAGAAAUAUUUAAAGAAUGUAGUAAAUACUGCAUACAUUAUUAAUAUUUUCCAACAAUGCCAUAAAUGACAUUAUGAUUUCUUGAAUGUAAAUCUAAUAAGUCAGUUGGUUUUAAAGAGUGUAAUAUUAUUAUUGUUCAAUAAA